GCUGGCCGGCCUGCGUACGGGAAUAUGCCAAUAUGGUCCGGAAGCGCGUAUGACACGUGCGCUCUAUUUCGUUCAACAACGACUGACCGUUGUCAGACGCGUGCAUAGGUAUGCAUCGGUUAGAGUGCUGAGGGAAAUUGCGGCAAAUCUACCGGAGGGAAGGCCGAAAACGACUCGAAAUCCCGUCGCGAGUUCCCCGACCGGAUCGUAUUCUACCGACCGACCUAAUUUCCAGUCUGAUCUCCUGCGCGUCGAUAUAAUGCCAGAGGUGGAACGCACGGCCGGAGCCGACGAGUGUUGUCAAGAAUGUCAAGUUGAGUAUCUGGAGACGCCCGUCAAAUCGGAGAACGACAAGAAGGAGUACAGAGUCGUCAGAUUGCGGAACGGUUUAACAGCCCUGCUAAUAUCCGAUCUGCAUUCAAAAACAUGCGAUUCUGAAGACGAGGAUGAUGAAUCUAGCGAAGAUGACUUGGAAGAUGAUGAUGAGGAUGAUGAAAGUAUAGGGGAUGAAGAGGAAAUAGAAGAUGACGAAUUUGAUGAAGAGGAUAGUUCUUCAGUUAAACGAGUUAAGAGAGAUGAAAAGAAGGCGGCAUGUGGCUUAUGUGUGGGAGUAGGCAGUUUCAGCGACCCGCCGGAAGUACCGGGCAUGGCACAUUUCCUCGAGCACAUGGUUUUCAUGGGGUCCGAAAAAUAUCCACAAGAGAACGAUUUUGAUGCAUUUAUCAGUAAGCGUGGUGGCUUUACUAAUGCCUCAACGGAUUGCGAGCACACGACAUUUUACUUCGAUAUCCAAGAGAAACACUUGCUGUCGGCCCUCGAUCGUUUUGCUCAAUUUUUCAUUAAGCCGCUGAUGAAGAAAGACGCCAUCACGCGGGAACGAGAGGCCGUGGAAAGCGAGUUUCAGCUGGCCCUGCCCUGUGACGAGAACAGGAAGGAGCAACUGUUCUCCUCCUUCGCGCGAACCGGUCAUCCGGCCAACAAGUUUAUCUGGGGCAAUUUAAUAACAUUGCGCGACAACGUGAACGACGACAAAUUGUACGAGGAGCUGCACAAAUUCAGAGAACGCCAUUACAGCGCGCACAGAAUGAAGCUGGCUAUACAGGCGAGACUACCGCUGGACACGCUGGAAAUGUAUGUCACAUCAUGCUUUGCCGAUGUACCGAGCAACGGACUGCCUCCCGAUAAUUUUACCGAAUUCAAAGACGGCAUUUCUUUCGACACUCCCGCUUUCCGAAAAAUGUAUAAAGUCAAGCCCUUCAAGGAUGUCAGCCAGCUGGAAAUAACGUGGACAAUGCCUUCGCUGCUUGAGCUUUACAAAAGUAAGCCGCAUCAAUAUAUCUCGUGGAUUCUUGGGCAUGAAGGAAAAGGUUCUCUGAUCAGUUAUCUACGCAAGAAAAUGUGGAGCCUCGAUAUGUUCAGUGGUAACAGUGAGAGCGGUUUCGAGCACAGCUCCAUGUACGCCUUGUUGAAGCUUACCGUGGUGCUCUCCUACGAGGGGCAGCAACAUCUGGAGGAAGUUCUCGACGCGAUAUUUUCCUUCAUCAAUUUGCUGAAGAGAGAGAGUCCGCAGAAAAGGAUUUACGACGAGAUUUAUAAGAUUGAAGAAAAUAAUUUUAGAUUUGCAGACGAGGAGGAUCCAGCGGAUUACGUGGAGGACUUGUGCGAGAGUAUGCAUUUCUAUCCGCCGCGAGAUUACAUAACCGGAAACGAGCUCUAUUUCGAGUAUAAUCCAGAAGCUAUAAAAAAAUGUCUGGAUUAUUUGGUGCCGGAGACCGCGAAUAUCAUGAUCUUCAACGAGGAUUUCGACCCUGUCGAAUUGAACAAAGUCGAGCCGUGGUUCAAAACCAAGUAUACGGACAUCGAGAUACCAAAGGAAUGGAUCGAACGCUGGAAGACGAUUGAGCCAUUGCCAGAUUUUCAUUUACCAUUACAGAAUACAUUCCUUACCAGCGACUUCUCCUUAAUACCGUUGCCAGCGGAGGUCUCGAAAUACCCCGUGAAAUUACACAGUGACAAUAUAUCGGAGAUUUGGUAUCGCCCGGAUCCCAAGUUCCGUUUGCCGGAAUGCUACAUGAAUUUCCAUUUUAUUUCCUCUCUAGGACUUCAGUCGCCGAAGAAUGCAGCUCUCAUGGAAAUGUACUGCAAUGUAUUAAAACUGCUGUUGAUCGAAGAAUUAUAUCCAGCUAUCGCGGCUGGGUUUGACUAUAGUAUUAGUGUCAGUGAGAAGGGCAUUACAAUAAAAAUGAACGGAUUUAACGAAAAACUGCCACUCUUGUUAAUGGCUAUUGCGAAAUACAUGGUGGACUAUCCGACCCUUGUUACGAAGGACUUGUUUGAAAUCGUCAAAGUGCAACAACUCAAGACCUAUUACAACACAUUUAUAAAACCUGGGAAACUCGUCAAGGACGUGAGACUGUGGAUACUGAGGCUCGUCCAUUAUACGCACGUGGACACGCACGCCGCUCUACACGGUAUCAACUUCGAGGAAUUCCAAGACUUUGUGAAGUCCUUCACCAAUCAUCUGUACAUUCAGUGUCUCGUGCAAGGCAACAUGACGCAGGACGCUGCGAUCGAUACUGUACGGCAGUGUGUCAGCAUAAUCAAUUGCGGCCCCUUGCUGUCCAGUACGAUACCGCAGAUGAGGGUCACUCAGAUACCCUUGGGCAUGUGCUACUGCAAGUUGAAAAAUAUCAACAAAAUUGACGCAAAUUCCGUGGUGACAAAUUAUUAUCAAGCCGGCGUCGCGUCGAUUGAGCUGUCGGUGUUAAUCGAUCUGAUGAUCAUGAUAAUGGAAGAACCGUUAUUCAAUCGGCUACGAACCCAAGAACAGCUUGGUUACGACGUCUCGUGCGUCCUUAGAGACGUCAACGGAAUCUUAGGAUAUACCAUUACCGUUCACACUCAGGCGGAUAAGUACACGACCGAGCACGUGGACCAGCGGAUCGAGGAAUUUCUGAGAACGUUCAAUAAGAGUUUGGAAGAGUUCUCAGAAGAGGAAUUGGACGACGUGAAGGAGGCGCUGAGAAAAUUGAAGCAGUGUGCCGACAUCGAUCUGGAGGAGGAAGUCGACAGGAAUUGGCGCGAGAUCACCAAAUGGCAAUACAUGUUCGACAGACUCGAGAGGGAGGUGCUUGCGAUAAAAGACAUAAAGAUCAACGGGCUGAGAGAGUGGUUUGCAAAGCACACCGCGAACGGAAGUCAUUUCAGAAAAUUGAGCGUGCACGUCGUAGGAACUGAUCCGAAGGAAAGUGCACACAAGGAAGCGAAUGAUACUGCAGAGGAAUCGCAUCGUAAGAAAGCGCAGUACUUUGCUUUGGAAUAUAUAUCGCCAAUCGGCGAUCAGGCGCAAAAGGACGCUGGAGUUAAUCACAUUACUAACGUAGAAGAUUACAAGAAGGAUCUCUACGUGUAUCCAGCGAGUGAGGGGACAAAUCCUCUCAGAGCGCAGACUAAGUGAUACUUUAACAUAAUAGUAUAAUGAUAAUAAAAAAAAUUUGAUAAAUCGUACUGCCUUACGAUAAUAAGAUUCUUUUUUUUUAUUUAUUAAAUGCUUAAAUUUAAUACUCUAAUUCUCCGCAUAACAAAUUUUUUUUCAUGUAACUCUUCACACUUAUCGCCUCCUUUCCGAUAAGCCAUUUUAUCAUAGUAAUUAACAUUAUUGGGAACAUUUUGCACGUUGCAAUAUGAAAAAUUCGAAAUUAAUAAAAGGAAAUUGUCUCACAGAUAAAAUAAGGUUUGUGAGUUUUAUAUUAAUUUUAUUUUGUAGCUCAUAUUAAACGAUCUUUUGCAUGGUUCUCUUUCGCGUGGAUCAAAAUGGAAAUUAAGUACGAUAUAAGAGACUAAAUACGAUAUAAACGAAUGCAUAAAUGUAGCUGUAAUCAUAUAAGAUAUCGAUACUAAUCAGGAAAUAAAGUACUCGCUCGGGAUGUAAUUUUUCAUAUUCUUUUAAUUGUAUUCAAGACAUGACAACACGUUUUCAAUAAAUCAUUAAACUUCCGAAAA